ACCAAGGAAGAAGAAAAGAGGUUUGUGGUAAUGGGAAAUAGAGUCAGAGGGAGACUUUUGGUUUUCUGUCUGCUGAAGGGCAGCUAGCCCAGGGCCUGACAAUCAUCCACUGCAUCAGCUUUAGGCUUAUUUCUCUCCUUUUACCUGUCGGUCUGCAAGCAACACUAUGUUUGCCAUCAGAAACGCUCUCCGCCUCGGGUCCAGGUUAUCCAUCCCCGCGGUGGCGAGGAGAGGAUGCUCCGGGGCCUCCAUCCCGGUGGACGAUGUGGUGAACGGACUCACCGACGAGCAGAUUCAGCUCAGGCAGACGGUUCGUAAAUUCUAUGCAGAAAAGCUUGCACCUUAUGCCGAUGAGAUCGACAAGAAGAAUGAAUUUCCAGGAAUGCGGGAGUUUUGGAAAGAAAUGGGGGAGAUGGGACUCCUUGGGAUCACUGCUCCAGUGGAAUAUGGGGGCACAGGGUUGGGCUACCUUGAUCAUGUCAUUGUGAUGGAGGAAAUGUCACGAGUGUCGGCAGCCAUUGCUCUCAGUUACGGCGCCCACUCCAACCUCUGUGUAAACCAGAUGGUACGCCACGCCAACGAGAAACAGAAGGAGAAGUACAUGCCAAAGUUAAUGACAGGAGAGCAUGUAGGAGCCCUGGCCAUGAGCGAACCCAAUGCUGGCUCUGAUGUCGUAGCCAUGAAACUCAAAGCCAAGAAGCAAGGUGACUACUAUGUUCUGAAUGGCAACAAGUUCUGGAUCACAAAUGGGCCAGAUGCCGACGUCCUUAUUGUUUAUGCAAAGACAGAUCCUGAGGCCCAUCAAAGAGGCAUCACAGCUUUCAUAGUUGAAAAGGGAAUGCCAGGAUUCUCUACAGCACAGAAGCUCGACAAACUGGGCAUGAGGGGAUCCAACACCUGCGAGCUGAUCUUUGAAGACUGCAAAAUCCCAGAGGAGAACAUCCUUGGUCCGUUGAACAAAGGUGUUUACGUGAUGAUGAGCGGCUUAGAUCUGGAGAGGCUGGUGCUUGCAUCAGGACCUGUUGGCAUCAUGCAGGCAGUUGUGGACUUCUCUGUUCCCUACCUACACGUCAGAGAAGCUUUCGGACAGAAGAUUGGACACUUUCAGCUGAUGCAAGGCAAGAUGGCCGACAUGUACACCAGGCUGAGCUCCUGUCGGCAGUAUCUGUACAACGUUGCCCGGGCUUGUGACAAAGGACACUUCAGUUCAAUGGACUGUGCUGGAGUGAUCCUCUAUUGUGCGGAGAACAGCACCCAGGUUGCGUUGGAUGGCAUUCAGUGUUUGGGCGGUAAUGGCUACAUCAACGACUACCCCAUGGGGCGAUACUUGCGUGAUGCAAAGCUGUACGAAAUCGGCGCAGGCACAAGUGAAAUUCGCCGGCUCAUCAUUGGACGAGCCUUCAACUCCAUGUUCAAAUAAUCAGAACUGAGAAAUGGCAAUCGCUAAAGACUGUACGAGCGGUUUGCUGUGGAUAAACAGUUACUCACACCCAGGGCCUUAUACUGUAUGAACUGUUGCUGAUGUUGUCAGAUUAUCACGUGUCAGAAUCAUUCUCACCUGCCAUUUUAAUUCAUAUAUAAACAAACUUUACUGAAAUUACUCAGUUGACUGUGAUGUUACAUGCUCACACAAAUGAAAUGUUGAUUUAGUAUGUUAAGUUGCCUUGAUGUCAUUUUGUUUUCAUAUUAGUCUAAUUAGAGUUACAUUGAUUUGAUAUCCACUGAAAUGCCAAAAAAAGCAAUAAAAUAAGUAUUUAACCUUUAUAAAUAAGCAGUAUCGCAGAUUUUCCUCCUAUGUGAUGAAAUUAAAUUAGUUUUUGGUAAUGUUAAAUGCAGUUGUGAACCAGUCAAUCAUUCUUUCAUUUUAUCAUUGUGUUAUAGUUUAUUUAGGCCCCGUGAUGUGAUGAAGGUUGACUUUUGUGUUGUCUUGAACACUCUGACCAGAGCUCCAAAACUACUGCUGCCAAGAGUUUUGGCAUCAACAUUGUGAUGGCCGCUGUUUAGUUUCUCCUUCAACAAACCACGUUGGCGUCUCAAGGAUAUAUAAGAAUGAAUGAAUGAAUUCUGAAUUCAUUAAUGUGCACAUGCGCCAGCCUGCAUGCUGCCUGUUGUCGUAGCUCCGUCUAGUGUAUUGUAUUUUUUGCUAGUAACAAAAGAGUUUCCCCCGGGGAUCAAUAAAAUAUUAUAUAAGAUAAGCUGAUGUAUUUGAAGCUAAUGGCUGAGCCGAUGAGGGGCUCCGAGCUCCGGGACAGUUUGACAGGCCACUGUUGCUUCGAUAAAACCUGAGAACAUUCGGUAAUGACUGUCUCUAACCUUAACAGUGAAUAUCACUAUAGUUGAUUACAAAAAAAUCAUGACUUUGAUCAUUCAUUGUUUAGUUUUUUUUGCAAACGGAUAACUGUUUCUGAUCAAUAAGGAAAAACAGCUGAUGUCUGAGGAUUCUGUUGUAGAGAAUGAGCAUUAGAAAACCACUGAUUCAUUUUUGGGAGCCAACGUAUUCCACUGUUGUGUCUGUACAGUCUGACUGGAGAGACCCUCCUAAAGAUUUGUUUGUCUUCUCUUCUCCAGAGGACUAUUGGUGUCAGAAUAUACAUGUACACUGUGAAAAUGUAUGAAAUAUAGUAGUUUGCAGUAAAAAAAAAAAAAAUAUUGACUUGAA